CACAUGAUAAAUUGAUAAUGACCACCUUUCCCUCUCACUCAGUUAUAACCUGGUUGGGACUGGUGAAGAGGUUGGCUCUAUAAUUCUCUACCCUAACAGUUUCACUGAGGACUAGAUAAUACCCGAGCUGUGCCUUCUUCAUUAAGCUUGAGCUGAAUUAUGGAUAUAUGUUGUUAGGGUCAAACAGUGGCUGUAAACACACAAAGAUUAUAUAUUAAUAUAAAGACACAACUGCUGCAAGGAUUUCUCUGGCCAUGUCUCUAGACAGUUUUUUGGAAGGUGACGGAUACGAUGAUAUUCCGAGUGAUAUUCUGUCACUGGCACUUGAACAGAGUGGACUGAACCUGCCCCCUUUGACUCUUGGGAAUGACUUCAAUGAAUCAAACAUCCCUAUGCCAGUUUCUUCACUAUUGCCAGUUGUAUCAACAGCAUCCUCUGAUUCACUCUCAUCCCUAAUCCUACCUCUAGUAACUAGUACCAAUAAUGUUAAUAAUAAUAAAACUGUUUCGUCGGACGAUGAUUUAUCGCAUUUAUUCGAAGCCUCUGAGACUAACAUCUUGAACUGUGAUCUCCCAUCAUUCACUAUACCUGGGGCUGUACCUCAUCCCUUAUCAAAUACGUUGACUCCUCCUACCUCUUUGUCUACUGUCAGUAAUCCUGUGUCCUCUGUAGAAAAUAUGGACGUGAAUGAUGUGCUGCUAGAGCUUGGUCUCAAUCCUGAUGAAUCUACUCCCUCUAUGUCCCUGUCUUUGCCUGAUAUUAAAGUACCUGUUAAUAAUCGACCGCCUCCUACUUUAAGGCUUCCUGUCACUCAGCAGCAGCCACUAGUGGUAGUACAGGCAACUGGACCAACAAUGGUUUCUCAAACUGAGGAAGAUAUAGAGGAAGAAGACGAUCAUUACACCUCAGCAGAUACCUACGCUACGUAUAAACCAGCAAAAUUAAAACUAGGAUACUUGCAUCCAGAUCCUAUAGUUGAGUCAAGUUCUUUAGCUAGUGUUGAACCACCUCAAGUCUAUUAUGAUCUGAAAUAUCCUGAAAAUGUUAUUGAAGAAGUUCGACUCUCCUCAUUACAGUUGGAGGCAGUUGUAUACGCCUGUCAACAGCACAUGAAUACACUUGCUGAUGGAUCCAGAGCAGGGUUUCUCAUUGGUGAUGGUGCAGGAGUUGGAAAAGGGCGAACUGUAGCUGGAAUUAUUUAUCAGAAUUAUAUAGAAGGAAGAAAGAAGUCUCUAUGGCUGAGUGUCUCAAAUGAUCUGAAAUAUGAUGCCAUCAGAGAUUUGCAUGAUGUUGGCGCAAAGAAAAUUAGUGUUUUUGCUCUAAAUAAGUUUUGCUACGGAAAAAUCAGUGGAAAACGAAACGGUCGUGUAAAGAAAGGAGUUAUAUUUGCAACCUAUUCAUCACUUAUAGGAGAAAGCACAAGUGGAGGGAAAUAUCGAACACGAUUUACUCAACUAUUACAUUGGCUGGGACCUCAGUUUGAUGGAGUUAUCGUGUUUGACGAAUGCCAUAAAGCAAAGAAUUUGGUUCCCUCCGGUGCUAGUAAACCUAGUAAAACUGGUAUCACUGUAUUGCAACUUCAAAAGAGACUACCCAAGGCUAGGAUUGUCUAUUGCAGUGCAACAGGAGCGUCUGAGCCGAAGAAUAUGGCUUACAUGUCAAGGCUAGGAAUCUGGGGAGAAGGGACGCAAUUUCCAGCUUUCCAGGACUUCAUAAAAUCAGUUGAGAGGAGAGGUGUCGGUGCUAUGGAACUUGUUGCAAUGGAUAUGAAACUACGGGGACUCUAUAUUGCUAGACAGUUAAGUUUUACUGGUGUAUCGUUUUCAGUCGAAGAGGUCUCUCUUUCAAAAAAAUUUAUCGACAUGUAUGACAAAGCUGUAGCAUUUUGGGUAGAAGCAAGGCAAAUGUUCAAAGAUGCUGCGGAUUUGUUAGAUUAUGAUGGCAGAAAUUUGAAAACAAUGUGGGGCCAAUUUUGGGCUGCACAUCAAAGAUUUUUCAAGUACUUAUGUAUAGCUGCUAAAGUCCCCAGUGUUAUUGAUUUAGCUAUGCAGUCAUUAAAAGAUGGAAAGUGUGUGGUGAUUGGUCUACAGUCAACUGGUGAAGCAAGAACUUUAGAACAGUUAGGACAGUCUCACGGUGAAUUGGAUGGCUUUGUAUCAACUGCAAAAGGUGUGCUGGAGUCACUCAUCAAAAGACACUUCCCAACACCAACUGAUGGCAAUGAUUGGUCUGUCUUUGAGAAUGAUUCCACUCUUCCUCGUAACUGCAGGAAAAGGAAACGAGUAGAUUAUGCUGUUGUUAAUAAUGAAGGUGAUGAUGAUAGUUCCAGUGAGUGGGAGAACAGUGACUCAGCAGUUGAGUCCUCAGAAGAAGAAGAUGAGAUGAUGGAGCAAGACUCCAAGCCAAAGAAUGAUACUGAGACUGACAGUGACACUAGUCAGAAAGACACUGACAAUAAGGCUGGCCUCCUCGGUUUCCUUGGCCCUAAAGAACCUAACUGGUUACGAAUGAGUAAACGUAAGUCAAAGAAAGCCAAGCUAUCUCCACAAAGAAGAGUGAGGAAGGAUGGAUUUCCCCGUGGGAACUACUCCAUUAAACCUCCUGGCAACCCUUGGUCCCCGGGCAAACACGGCGACCUAAAGUUCAAUUAUAAGACUCUUCAGUUUGAGCGUGUACUGGAGGAAAAUGAAAAGAAAGACAAACCAUCAGUGCCUGUUGAGAAGCAGUCAAAAAGUGACGAACUUGGACCCACAGUUUCAAGUCAGUGUGGUGUUCAGAGCGUUCGUGAUAUGAAAGAAGAAUUGCUACGAAAAUUGAAUGAACUAGCACCAUUGCUACCCAGCAACAGUUUGGAUGAGCUAAUAGAUGGACUGGGGGGACCAAGCAAAGUCUCUGAAAUGACUGGACGAAGAGGUCGUGUGGUUCAAAUGUCUGACGGAUCAGUUCGGUAUCAGUUGAGGAGUGAGCCUGAUGUAUCCAUUGAGAUGCUUAACAUCACUGAGAAGACACGGUUUAUGGAUGGGGAGAAAGAAAUUGCUAUUAUAUCUGAAGCUGCUAGUUCAGGGAUUUCAUUGCAAGCUGAUAGAAGGGCCAAAAAUCAAAAGAGAAGAGUUCACAUAACACUUGAAUUGCCAUGGAGUGCUGACAAAGCCAUUCAACAGUUUGGGCGCACGCAUCGCUCUAAUCAAGUCACUUCCCCGGAGUAUGUUUUCCUGAUAUCCACACUAUCAGGAGAGCACAGGUUUGCUAGUAUAGUAGCUAAGAGGCUGGAGUGUUUGGGAGCAUUGACCCACGGGGACAGGAGGGCCACUGAAUCAAGAGAUCUCAGCCGAUACAACAUUGACACAAAGUAUGGUCGUCAGGCUUUGGAGUUAUGUCUGAGGUCAAUAGUUGGUAUAGAUAAACCAAUAGUAUCUUCUCCUGAUUAUAAUCAAGACUUUUUUGAUAAGUCUCAUGAGGCUAUGGUCGAUGUAGAGCUCCUGUCUAAUAAAUCUGUUGACAAGGAAUCCUUGAACAUGACCAGGUUUCUUAACCGUCUCCUUGGACUCCCAGUAAAGCUCCAGAACCUUGUCUUCUGUUAUUUCACUGACACACUGGGGGAAGUGAUUAAACGAGCUAAGAAGGCCGGGAAAUGGGACGGAGGCAUACUCGAUUUUGGUGCCUCGGGAGAGCAUGUCGAUUUGGUAGAAAGUAAAGAGUUUGUUGGAGAUGCAGCUUUCGGCACAGCUACAACACAACUUCAUAAAAUACAUGUUGAAAGAGGGAUGUCUUUUGAAGAUGCCCAGUCCAAACUUCAAUUAGACCAAUAUCCUAAUGAAGGAUUCUAUUUGUCUACUAAACCUCGCAAUGAGAAGAAUGUGGCAGUAAUGCUCAAAGUGUCUAAAGAAGGAAGUGACCUAUACCUGGUCCACAGGCCAAACACUGGAGUCCAGUCACGUUGUGAGACACUGGUGUCUGUUUUAAAGAAGUAUAAACGGUGUGAUCCGGAAGAUGCCAUGAAAUGGUGGACACUUCAGUAUGAGAGUACACUAACUUCUUGCAGUCACUCUUACUGGCAAGGGAAAUGCCGUUCCUCAACCCCUACCCAUCCUUGUGAGGUAGGAAUGAGAAGAAGAACCUAUUACGUUCUCGCGGGAUCACUACUUGGAAUCUGGAUCCAUCUAGAGAACGUGUUCCUAAGACAUCCAACGCAUGCUCACAAGAUGCAGAUUGUUAGAGUACAUACUUCCCAAAAGAAAAUAAUAGGUAUUCUCAUUCCGUCUGUGUGUGUUCUUGAUCUCACUGCCACGUUGGAGAGGAUAGCUUUGCAAGCUGCUGGAACAGCUGAUGAGAAUCCUACUAAUGUGUAGUAGUACUUUUAGGUGGACAAUUCUUAGGUGACAAUCAUCACUCAUUCUCUCUUUGUUCUCUCUUUUUUUGUCUGUAUUAUCAUGCAGUUUCUUCCUGUCGUUUAUGACAAUAAUAAAAUAAAAAA